AUAAUGCAACAACGGUCACACUAAGCAAAUUCUUACAAAAAUUGCCGACGGACGCUUGUUUAUUUGUUAAAGUAAAUUUACUUAAUAUAAGAAAAGUACAUUCGUUCUUACAACUCUGCUGUAAAAUAUUGUGUUAAGCCAAAAUGGCCGACGCCGACGAUGGAGCUGAGCUAUUGUUCUUUGACACGUUCUCGCACGAAGAAGUUACUGACAUCAAUCUGGACUUGGUGCAGUUCCCCAAACCGGUGUUUAUAACACAAGUGCGCAUUAUUCCCCUUGGCGCCCGAGUGCAAGCGGAUUUUCCAGGUGGCGUCCGUCUGGGCGCCACGAAUCCCUCGAAAUUCGACCUGGAAUUCUUUGUAAAUGAUUUAGGCAUGCCGGGCGCAUCGGCGUUCGAGAUUUUGGGCUUACUGCGCUACAAUCAGAACGACUGCAUACAUCUGGACUGUUCGCAAGAGAAGAUUCCCACCGAUGGUCUUGUCCUGCGUGGCUGGUACAGUGCAAUAACCCUCGCUGUCUACGGCAUUCUGACGAAUUCGGUAACGGAGCCUAUUGCAAGCCCAACACUUCCAUGCGAACCGGCCAUCGUAGGUCCCGAGAUGUGCAAUCUAAGCGGCGAAGCUGCGCAUAAUGCUCUGCUGCCCGACGACGGAUUGAAAGAUGGCUGGUCUGAGCCUAAUGAGAUGCUUGUGACGACGGCGCACAAGGCCAGCGUUAGUGUGAGCGACUACGAGCACGAUGACAUCGAGUACGGCAUGUCACGUGAUCACUACCAUCAGCAUGCGGACGAGGAGCAGCGAGAAUUGCGUCGCCUUCGACGUUCUACGCAUUCCACGGAUCAUUCACCGCCGCCACUUCGCACGCACACACAUUCGGAAAGCAACGAUAGGGAAUACCUGCGAUGCUCUCGAGACAAGGCUCCGCGAGAUUGGUCGCGUUCGCCAGAGUACUCGAGCCACCGUUCACGGCGCAAGCGAUCGGAACGCUCACGCUCUGAUGCCGACGAGCACAAGUGGCCACGCACGCCACCCGUAUCCAUUGAUUCGCCCACCAGACCUCGUUCACCGGAUACCAUGGAUUAUGAUGACGACGACACUCGUUCGCAUUAUAAGCUGCAGAGUUCGCAUGCCUACCGACGAUCCUCAGAGUCGCUGCCACGUGAACGCGAGGAGGAGGAACGUGAACGCGAACGGGAACGUUCCGAUACACCACAAGAACAAUUUGAGCCCAUAUUGAGUGAUGACGAGAUUAUAGGCGAUGACGAGGAAGACGAGGACGAUGGCGUCGAUGCAGCUGCUGCAGCGGAAUAUGAAAGAGAGCUUGAGGCAGCAGCAGCUGCAGCGCCGCCAGCUAUAGACGCCUUCGAGCCAUGGCAGCGUCCUUUGUUGAACUACAAAGGCGAUUUACAGGCGCACUUCAGCAAGGAGCUGGAUACACUGCGACUGCUCUUCAAAAAACUAUCACUGCAGAUUCGUUGGGACAAUGUGAGCGCAUUCAAUGAGGAGCACGGUGGCGUGACUGUCGAUGAACGUGAGCAGUUUGUCUACCUUGGCGAGCAGUUAAACAAUCAGCUGGGCUACUUGACGCAACACUACAAGCGACGUAACUUCGUGUUGCAACAGUUCUUCAAAAACGAUGAAUCCCAUCUGCGACAGGCUGCCAAUGUGCUGCAGAUAGCACUAAGCUUCCAAGCGGCCUGCAUGCAACCUCAGCCCGCUUUUAAGAUACGACACAUUAAACUAGGAGCUCGCAUGGCCGAGUUGCUAUGCAACUAUGAGCCACUGUUCAAAGAUCUUCUGGAGCAGCACAACUUUGAUCCAUUCACAGCUAUCUUUAGUCUGUAUCAUGAACCCUACAUGGCUCUAUCGAUAAAACUGCAGCUGCUGAAAGCUGUUUACUCCAUGCUGGAUACUCAGGCGGGCAUUAAACACUUUCUGGCCGAAAAAACCAAAGGCUAUCAGCAGAUAGUCGAAUCAAUAAAGACAGCUAAGUUGACCCGCACCAAAUACGCUCUGCAGGCCAUCAUCAAGAAACUGCAUCUCUACGAGGCAUUGGAAAGUGUGAGAAAGAGUUGCACUCAGCUCUUUGUGCGUAAGAUGGAACGACAGCCGCAGGAAGUGUAUCAGCAAAUAGAGUUUGCCUUUGAGAUGCUCAUGGAUGCUUUGUUGGCCAAUCAGUUAAGUUUUCAGCAACCGCGUCGCUUUCUGCCCGUCUCCAAGAAGUUUGAACUGGUCACCGAUCCCAGUGCACAGCGCAGCUUUGCCAAUGCGCUGCAAGCGUACUUCUCACAGCUUUCACUGGCGGAAUCGCUGCUGCUAAUCUUAAGCAAUUCAAAGGAAUUGCCAGCCACAACAUUCCUGUGCACAUUGGAUCUAAUGCAUGCCAUGCUCAAGUCGCAUGUGGGCAUCGAUUACUUUGUGGAUGAUGCUUUUGAAGUGACGCAACUCAUAGUCGCUAUACUGCUCGGACUGGACGAGGUGCCCAGAGAUCCCAGCCAUAACACAAGCAUGGAACAGGCACAGGAAGUUAAGAAAGAAGAGACGGAUAAGCCGAUGGAUACCUCAGAUGGCUCGGUAAAGGACGGUGAAGAAAAGUCUGAUGUCUCAACUGUAGCCAUCGAUGUGGCUGUGCAAACCGAAUCAAAUCCCGUAUUUGCGGGCAAUGUCUUCCAGCAAAUUGGACGUAUUCUGCGUCCCGUUUUGCCACGUUUGGCUCGCCUGGGUAUUGAAUUGGCCUACAAAGUGGAGACGCGUUACCAUCUGGAUGCCAUUGUGUACACGGCAGCAGCACCAGAAUAUGACACCAUCAAACUGGCCACGCAUAUGCAUGCUCUCUAUUCACAAACCUGCGAUCCCGCUGGACGUCAGCAUACCAUUGAGGUGCUGGGAUUGAACAAUAAUCUCAAGAUAUUCAUGGACCUCAUCAAGAAGGAGCAGCGUCUGCAAUCGCAGCGUCAAUUGAGCUCUCCGGGCACCAAGUACAAGAGUCCCGUGCUUAGCUAUGCCGUCGAUAUGGUCGACGCAUGUGUCCGUUAUUGUGAACAGCUUGAUUAUCUCAUUGAGCAUGGCGCUGUCAUCCUGGAGCUGGCCAAGAAUCAUGAAACCUUUGAGCCCUCAGUGUCGGCUGUGUUGCAGGAGAUGUAUGUGUACAUGAAACCUUUGGAAGCCAUCAAUGUGUUCAUCUACGAUGACAUAAUGCCGCUAGUGGAAGUGAUUGGACGCUCUCUCGAUUAUUUGACCACAUUUCCAGGUGAUUUAAUCAUGGCUCUGCGCAUUCUACGUUAUCUGGUUACCACCAAGGCAACGCCGCCGCCCGGCAUUAAGCAAUCUAAGCGCCUGGGCACCGAGGAGCUGAAGCACCGCUUUGUUGCACUUCAACUAUAUGCAGCGGAUGGUGUGCAGCUGAUGAUUCAGAUCAUGGAGCGUCUCUGCACCUAUUUCGAGCAACCAGGCAUGCAUUCACCUGCCCUGAUGACCAUACAGGGCGUGCACUGCUGUCAGAUCAUGUUACCCACGCUGCAGAUACUUCGCGAACUGCUUUCCUAUGCCAUACUGUGUCGCGAUGGCACCUACAAGGACUUGACGGCUAUCGAUCAUCUCGUAAAAGUUUAUUUCCUGCUCUACUAUUAUCCCACACGCUGUCAAGCUGGCGCGGAGGUCGAACAGUGCAAGCUGGAGGUGGUGCAAACACUUCUGGCUUAUACACAGCCUCACGAGCAGGACGAGGAGUCGUUGCACAAAUCGCUGUGGACACAAAUGGUGCGCGAGGUGCUCAAGAACAUUGAUGGUCCCGCUAAUUUUAUACCCGGUCUAAAGUUGUUGGCAGAACUCUUGCCGUUGCCAUUACCCAUGGCACAACCGUUGUGUGAUCAACUGAAGGCACAGCACAAGCAACGCCUGAUCACAGAACGCAAACUGUGGUCCGCUCAUCUGCAUCCACAGAGCGGACAGAUUGCCAAACUGGUCGAGGCGUUGGCCCCAUCGAGUUUUCCGCAACUUUCCGAGUUGUUGCAGCGCGUUUGCAUGCAACUCUCAGAUCUGGCACCCAACAUGACGCUGCUCAUUGCCAAGACGAUUAUGGAACUCUUGGUUACUGAGUAUCAGACUGCCAACUGCAUGCCCACCACAAAUCUAGAGCGACUGCUGCGUUUCUCUACGCGUUUAUGCGCUUUUGCGCCACUGAAGAGCUCCAUGUUGUCCAUACUAUCGGGCAAAUUCUGGGAACUCUUUCAAUCGUUAUUGUCGCUGAAUGAGUUCAACGAAACCGUGUCCAAUUGUCAGGAGGCAGUGCAUCGCAUACUGGAUAGUUUUCUCGAUUCGGGUAUCUCAUUAAUCUCGCACAAGUCGACGGCACAGCCAGCGCUCAAUUUGUCAGCCGCUUUGCCGCCCAAAGAGUUGAUACCACGCAUCAUCGAUGCGGUGUUUAGCAAUCUAGCCAGCGUGGAGGUAACACACGGCAUAUCCAUUCUGGCAGUGCGCAAUCUCGUCAUACUCACAGAGCAUGACUUCACAUUUUAUCACCUGGCGCAAUUGUUGAAACAGAAGAUUAGUGAGUUUCAGGCCUGGAUGGAGCGUGUUAUACUGCACAACGAGACGGUCGAGUUCAAUGCAAACAUUGAAUCAUUGAUACUACUUCUGCGCUCGUUGACACAAAUUGAGCCACCCACAACCAUGUCAUCAAUGCCACAUCGCACGCUUAAACUAGGCGCAACAGAACUUGCGCAGCUGCUCGAGUUCCAAGAUGUAGAGCUGGACAAACCGCCGGUCUUGCAGCGCAUACUCAAAGUGCUGGAGAAGCACAAGGCGGUGGCCAAUGAAGCUGCCGUUUGUGACUUAAAACAACUCAUUAUGCUCUACGCUUCCAAGCAGGAGCAGGAAACGCCAGCAGCUGCUGCACCAGCCGUAGAGGCACCUGUCGAAGGCGAGGCCAAUGCAGGCAGCAUCAAUGCUGCUGUCACUGGGCCACUCAAUGUGGAGCCAUAUCUGCCACAAGCGGAGGGCAUUGUCACUCAGUACGAGGCACGUCCCAUUUUCACACGCUUCUGCGCAACAGCUGAAAACGCACAGCUUACUGCACGAUACUGGUUGGAGCCGCUGCCCAUUGAGGUCAUUGAGGAUAUGAAUGAGCCGCUUUAUGAGCGCAUUGCCUGCGACUUGACCGAUUUGGCCAAUGCUUGCCUGAAUCCCGAUCUGAAUCUCACGGGCGACUGCAAGCGCGUGUUGCAUCUGUCGGGUUCACCGCAAUCCAAUCGCGAAAUGACACCCACAGCGCCCUGUUUCCGCACACGACGAGUUGAAGUGGAGCCCGCUACAGGGAGACCAGAGAAGAAAAUGUUUGUGUCUGCAGUGCGUGGACGCGGAUUUGCACGGCCGCCGCCAUCGCGGGGCGACUUGUUCCGGUCCAGGCCGCCAAAUACAUCGCGACCGCCGUCGCUGCAUGUGGACGAUUUCCUGGCACUGGAGACAUGCGGUGCACAGCCCACUGGGCCAACGGGCUACAACAAAAUACCUUCAAUGCUGCGAGGUUCUCGUGUGGGACGCAAUCGCGGCUCACGCAUCUCAGCGGCAGCUGCAUACAGGCAAAAGAAGCUGAUGCGCAUCGGUUCGCCUUCCAGCUGGUCAGAGUCGACUGGCACACCAUAUCGAUCUAGCAAUGCCGAGUCGCACUUCAGCAGCAGCGAGUCCCACUACUCAUCGCCACAUUACAGCGGUCGAUCGCGUGGUCGUGGACUGCGUUCCAGGCCGCCCUACUUGCGUUAGGAUCACCAGCAAGAGCAUCUUCUCCCUGGCAGCCGCAUCUCCUAAGCACGCGCAUUUAGAAAUGUGUAUUGUUUAUAUAUAUACUAUAUUCGAUUUAUAUAAAAUUUUGUACGUAAUGUGAUUAAAACUUAAGAAUUCUCUGUAACAACA